CGGCGACCGGUGUGGGCCUCGGCUCUGGCCUCCCGCGCCCUGGGAGUGAGGUCUCGGCGCGAUGAGGCGCAGCAAGGCCGACGUGGAGCGGUACAUCGCCUCGGUGCAGGGUUCCGUCCCGUCGCCCCGAGAGGGGAGCCUCCUCCUUGGCCUUGCACAAGCGCUUCAGCAGUGAGCGUUGUUUCUUCCACAAACCCCGGUUGAGCCUCCACUGCUGCCAGGCGCUGUACAGCUGCAUCAACUGCUCCUAGGACACGUCCAGCAGCUGGUUGAGGUCCAUGCCACGAAGUCAAUGAAAGGAUUCUAUUUUGCAAAGCUAUACUAUGAAGUUAAAGAAUAUGAUCUUGCUAAAAAAUACAUAUCUGCAUAUAUUAAUGUGCAAGAAAGAGAUCCUAAAGCUCACAGAUUUCUUGGUCUUCUUCAUGAAGUGGAGGAAAAUACAGACAGAGCUGUUGAAUGUUACAAGCGUUCAGUGGAAUUAAACCCAACACAAAAAGAUCUUGUUUUGAAGAUUGCAGAAUUGCUUUGUAAAAAUGAUGUUACUGAUGGAAGAGCAAAAUAUUGGGUUGAAAGAGCAGCUAAACUUUUCCCAGGAAGUCCUGCAAUUUAUAAACUAAAGGAACAGCUUUUAGAUUGCAAAGGUGAAGAUGGAUGGAAUAAGCUUUUUGACUUGAUUCAGUCAGAACUUUAUGCAAGACCUGAUGAUGUCUAUGUGAACAUCCGACUAGUAGAACUGUAUCGCUCAAAUAAAAGAUUGAAGGAUGCUGUGGGCCACUGCCAUGAGGCAGAGAAGAACAUAGCUCUGCGUUCAAGUUUAGAAUGGAAUUCAUGUGUUGUACAGACCCUUAAGGAAUAUCUGGCAUCUUUCCAGUGUUUGGAGUCUGAUAAAAGUAACUGGCAAACUACCAAUAAAGACUUACUUCUGGCUUAUGCUAACCUUAUGCAUCUUACGCUGUCCACUAGAGAUGUGCAAGAAAGUAGAGAAUUAUUGGAAAGUUUUGAUAGUGUUCUUCAGUCUGUGAAAUCUUGUGUGGGUGGAAAUGAUGAACUCUCAACUACUUUCUUAGAAGUAAAAGGACAUUUCUACAUGCAUGCUGGUUCUCUGCUUCUGAAGAUGGGUCAGCAUAGUGAAGUGCAAUGGCGAGCUCUCUCUGAGCUGGCUACAUUGUGCUAUCUUAUAGCAUUUCAGGUUCCAAGACCAAAGAUUAAAUUAAUAAAAGGAGAAGUUGGACAAAAUCUGGUGGAAAUGAUGGCCUAUGAUCGUCUGAGCCAAUCAGGACACAUGCUGCUAAACUUAAGUCGUGACAAGCAAGAUUUUUUAAAAGAGGUUGUAGAAUCCUUCGCCAAUAAAAGUGGGCAGUCUGCUUUGUAUGAUGCUCUGUUUUCUAGUCAGUCACCUAAGGAUAGAUCUUUUCUUGGUAAUGAUGAUAUUGGAAACAUUGAUGUACAAGCACCAGAGCCUGAUGAUUUGGCUAGAUACGAUGUUGGUGCCAUUCGAGCACAUAAUGGUAGUCUUCAGCACCUUACCUGGCUUGGCUUACAGUGGAAUUCGUUGUCUGCCUUACCUGCGAUUCGAAAAUGGCUAAAGCAGCUGUUUCAUCAUUUGCCCCAGGAAACCUCGAGACUUGAAACAAAUGCACCCGAAUCAAUAUGUAUUUUAGAUCUUGAAGUAUUUCUACUUGGAGUAAUAUAUACCAGCCACUUACAAUUAAAGGAGAAAUGUAGUUCUCACUAUAGCUUCUAUCAGCCACUAUGCUUGCCACUUCCUGUGUGUAAACAGCUUUGUACAGAAAGACAGAAAUCUUGGUGGGAUGCAGUUUGUAAUCUAAUUCACAGAAAAACAGUACCUGGAACCACAGCAAAAUUGCGACUUCUAGUUCAGCAUGACAUAAACACACUAAGGAGCCAGGAAAAACAUGGCCUUCACCCUGCCCUGCUUGUACAUUGGGCAAAAUGCCUUCAGAAAACGGGCAGCGGUCUUAAUUCUUUUUAUGAUCAACGGGAAUACAUAGGCAGAAGUGUUCAUUAUUGGAAAAAAGUUUUGCCAAUGUUGAAGACAAUCAAAAAGAAGAGCAGUAUUCCUGAACCUACGGACCCUCUGUUUAAACAUUUUCAUAGUGCAGACAUUCAGGCAUCUGAAGUUGGUGAAUACGAGGAGGAAGCACACAUAACAUUUGCUAUAUUGGAUGUAGUUAAUGGAAAUAUAGAAGAUGCUAUGACUGCUUUUGAAUCUAUAAAAAACGUUGUUUCUUACUGGAAUCUUGCACUGAUUUUUCACAGGAAAGCAGAAGACAUUGAAAAUGAUGCCCUUUCUCCUGAAGAACAAGAAGAGUGCAAAAAUUACCUGAGAAAGGCCAGGGACUACCUAAUAAAGAUUUUAGAUGACAGUGAUUCCAAUCUUUCAGUGGCCAAGAAGUUGCCUGUGCCACUGGAGUCUGUAAAAGAGAUGCUUAAUUUGGUCAUGCAGGAACUUGAGGACUAUAGUGAAGGUCUUCUUUAUAAAAAUGGUUCUUUGCGAAAUGCAGAUUCAGAAAUAAAACAUUCUACACCAUCUCCCAGCAUAUAUUCUCUGUCACCAAGUAAAAGUUACAAGUAUUCUCCCAAAACACCACCUCGAUGGGCAGAAGAUCAAAAUUCUUUAUUGAAAAUGAUCUGCCAACAAGUAGAGGCCAUUAAGAAAGAAAUGCAGGAGUUGAAACUACAUAGUAGUAACUCGGGGUCCCCUCAUCGUUGGCCUGCAGAGAAUUAUGGACCAGAUUCAGUGCCUGAUGGAUAUCAGGGAUCACAGACUUUUCAUGGGGCUCCACUAACAGUUGCAACUACUGGCCCUUCAGUAUAUUAUAGUCAGUCACCAGCAUAUAAUUCCCAGUAUCUUCUCAGACCAGCAGCUAAUGUUACUCCCACAAAGGGUCCAGUUUAUGGCAUGAAUAGGCUUCCACCUCAACAACAUAUAUAUGCCUAUUCCCAACAGAUGCACACACCACCAGUCCAAAGCUCAUCUGCUUGUAUGUUCUCUCAAGAGAUGUAUGGUCCUCCAUUGCGUUUUGAGUCUCCUGCAACAGGAAUUCUAUCACCCAGGGGUGAUGAUUACUUUAAUUACAAUGUUCAACAGACAAGCACAAAUCCACCUUUGCCAGAGCCAGGUUAUUUCACAAAACCCCCAGUUGCAACUCAUGCUUCAAGAUCUGCAGAAUCUAAGGUUAUUGAAUUUGGAAAAACUAAUUUUGUUCAGCCUGUGCCAGGUGAAGGAAUAAGACCAUCUUUGACAGCACCUGCACAUACAACGCAGCCAACUCCUUUUAAAUUUAAUUCAAAUUUCAAGUCAAAUGAUGGUGACUUUACCUUUUCUUCACCACAGAUUGUGGCACAGCCCACUUCUACAGCUUACAAUAAUAAUGAAAGCCUUUUAGGUCUCUUAACUUCAGAUAAACCUUUGCAGGGAGAUGGCUACAGUGGACCAAAAGCUAGUCAAACCAUUGGACCUCGAAAUACAUUCAGUUUUGGAAGCAAAAAUGUGCCUGGAAUUUCAUUUACUGAAAACAUGGGUCCAAAUCAGCAAAAGAAUUCUGGUUUUCGUCGAAGUGAUGACAUGUUUACUUUCCACGGUCCAGGGAAAUCAGUAUUUGGAAUACCCACACCAGAGCUGGCCAGCAAGAGUCAUGAAACAGAUGGAGGCAGUGCCCAUGGUGAUGACGAUGAUGACGGCCCUCACUUUGAGCCUGUGGUACCUCUUCCUGAUAAGAUUGAAGUAAAAACUGGUGAGGAAGAUGAAGAAGAAUUCUUUUGCAAUCGUGCAAAAUUGUUUCGUUUUGAUGCAGAAUCCAAAGAAUGGAAGGAACGUGGAAUUGGCAAUGUAAAAAUCCUAAGGCAUAAAACAUCUGGUAAAAUUCGCCUUCUCAUGAGACGAGAGCAAGUAUUGAAAAUCUGUGCAAAUCAUUACAUCAGUCCAGAUAUGAAAUUGACACCAAACGCUGGCUCUGACAGAUCUUUUGUAUGGCAUGCUCUUGAUUAUGCAGAUGAGUUGCCCAAACCAGAACAACUUGCUAUUAGAUUCAAAACUCCCGAGGAAGCAGCACUUUUUAAGUGCAAGUUUGAAGAGGCCCAGAACAUUUUAAAAGCCUUAGGAGCAAAUGUAGCCACAACAACAAAUCAGGCUAUGAGAAUUGUAAAAGAACCCACAAGUCAUGAUAACAAAGAUACUUGCAAAUCUGAUGCUGGAAACAUCAAUUUUGAAUUUCAAAUUGCAAAGAAAGAAGGGUCUUGGUGGCAUUGUAGCAGCUGCUCAUUAAAGAAUGCUGCAACUGCUAAGAAGUGUGUAUCAUGCCAGAAUCUAAACCCAAACAAGAAAGAACUCCUUGGCCCACCAUUAGUUGAAACUGUGUCUGCUCUUAAAACUGGCCCAGAAAAUACUCCAGAUAGAUUUGCGUCAGUGACUCCAAAGAAAGAAGGUCACUGGGAUUGUAGUAUUUGCUUAGUAAGAAAUGAACCUACUGUAUCUAGGUGCAGUGCAUGCCAGAAUGCAAAGGCUACUAACAAAAGUGGAUCUUCAUUUGUUCAGCAAGCUUCCUUUAAAUUUGGCCAGGGAGAUCUUCCUAAGUCUGUUAACAGUGAUUUCAGAUCUGUUUUUUCUACGAAGGAAGAACAGUGGGAUUGCAGUGAAUGCCUUGUACAAAAUGAAGGAAGUUCUACAAAGUGUGCUGCUUGUCAGAAUCCAAGAAAACAGAAUUUACCUACUUCUUCUGUUUCAGCACCUGCUUCUUUUAAGUUUGGUACUUCAGACAUAAGUAAAACCCCAAAGAGUGGAUUUGAGGACAUGUUUGCUAAGAAGGAAGGACAGUGGGAUUGCAGUUGCUGCUCGUUACGAAAUGAAGCAGGUGCUACAAUAUGUGUUGCUUGUCAGAAUCCAGGUAAACUGAGUCUACCCACCUCUGCUGUUCCAGCAUCUGCCUCUUUUAAGUUUAGUACUUCAGAGACAAGCAAAACUCCAAAGAGUGGAUUCGAAGGCAUGUUCACCAAGAAGGAAGGACAGUGGGACUGUAGUAUUUGCUUAGUGCGAAAUGAAGCAAGUGCUGCCACAUGUGUUGCUUGCCAGAAUCCAAGUAAACAAAGUCAGCCUACUUCUGCUGUUCUACCUCCGGCCUCAGAUACAUGCAAGGCCCCAAAGGGUGGAUUUGAAGGAAUGUUCACCAAGAAGGAAGGGCAGUGGGAUUGUAGCAUUUGUCUUGUGCAAAAUGAGAGUUCUUCCUUAAAAUGUGUGGCUUGUGGUGCCUCUAAACCAACUCAUAAACCUAGUGCAGAAGCUCCUUCAGCUUUCACAUUGGGCUCAAAAACUAAGUUAAAUGACUCUUCUGGAAGUCAGGUUGGAACAGGAUUUAAAAGUAACUUUUCUGAAAAAGCUUUUAAAUUUGGUACAGCAGAACAAGGGUUUAAAUUUGGGCAUGUGGAUCAAGAAAGUACACCUUCAUUUACGUUUCAGGGUUCUUCUAAUACAGAUUCUAAGUCAACAAAAGAAGGAUUUAGUUUUUCUGUCCCUGUGUCUGCUGAUGGAUUUAAAUUUGGCAUUCAGGAGCCUGGACAUCAAGAGAAGAAAAGUGAAAAGCCCCUAGAAAAUGACACUAGUGUUCAGGCUCAGGAUAUCAGUGGUCAGAAGAAUGGUAGUGGUGUGAUUUUUGGUCAAAGUGGUAGCACUUUUACCUUUGCAGAUCUUGCAAAAUCAACUUCAGGAGAAGGAUUUCAGUUUGGCAAAAAAGACCCUAAUUUCAAGGGAUUUUCAGGUGCGGGAGAAAAAUUAUUCUCAUCACAAAGUGGUAAAACGGCUGAUAAAGCCGACAUUUCUGCUGACCUUGAGAAAGAUGAUGACGCCUAUCGGACUGAGGACAGUGAUGACAUACAUUUUGAACCAGUAGUUCAGAUGCCUGAAAAAGUGGAACUUGUAACAGGAGAAGAAGAUGAAAAAGUUCUUUAUUCACAGCGGGUAAAAUUAUUUAGAUUUGAUGCUGAGAUAAGUCAGUGGAAAGAAAGGGGUCUGGGGAACUUAAAAAUUCUCAAGAAUGAAGUCAAUGGCAAACUGCGAAUGCUGAUGCGAAGAGAACAGGUACUAAAAGUGUGUGCUAAUCAUUGGAUAACAACUACGAUGAACCUGAAGCCUCUCUCUGGGUCCGAUAGAGCAUGGAUGUGGUUAGCGAGUGAUUUUUCUGAUGGUGAUGCCAAACUAGAGCAGCUGGCAGCAAAAUUUAAAACACCAGAGCUGGCUGAAGAAUUCAAGCAGAAAUUUGAGGAAUGCCAGCGACUUCUAUUAGAUAUACCACUUCAGACUCCUCAUAAACUUGUAGACACUGGCAGAGCUGCCAAGUUAAUCCAGAGAGCGGAAGAAAUGAAGAGUGGAUUAAAAGAUUUCAAAACGUUUUUGACAAAUGAUCAAGCAAAAGUCACUGAUGGAGAGAGUGAAAGCUCUGAUGCAGGUGCUGCCAGUGCCUCUGAUACAACCAGCAAGCCAAACCCUGAAAACACGGGGCCCACACUGGAGUGGGACAACUAUGACUUAAGGGAAGAUGCUUUGGAUGAUAGUGUGAGUAGUAGCUCAGUACAUGCUUCUCCAUUGGCAAGUAGCCCUGUGAGGAAAAAUCUCUUCCGCUUUGGUGAGUCAACAACAGGAUUUAACUUCAGUUUUAAAUCUGCUCUGAGUCCAUCUAAGUCUCCUGCCAAGUUGAAUCAGAGUGGGACCUCAGUUGGCACUGAUGAAGAAUCUGAUGUUACUCAGGAAGAAGAGAGAGAUGGACAGUACUUUGAACCUGUUGUACCUUUACCUGAUCUAGUGGAAGUGUCCAGUGGUGAGGAAAAUGAACAAGUUGUUUUUAGUCACAGAGCAAAACUCUAUAGGUAUGAUAAAGAUGUUGGUCAGUGGAAAGAAAGAGGCAUUGGUGAUAUAAAGAUUUUACAGAAUUAUGAUAAUAAGCAAGUUCGCAUAGUGAUGAGAAGGGACCAGGUAUUAAAACUUUGUGCCAAUCACAGAAUAACUCCAGACAUGACUUUGCAAAAUAUGAAAGGGACAGAACGAGUGUGGGUGUGGACUGCUUGUGAUUUUGCAGAUGGAGAAAGAAAAGUAGAACAUUUAGCUGUCCGUUUUAAACUACAGGAUGUUGCAGACUCAUUUAAGAAAAUAUUUGAUGAAGCAAAAAUUGCCCAAGAAAAAGAUUCUUUGAUAACACCUCAGGUUUCUCAUUCAACCACUCCCAGAGAGUCACCAUGUGGCAAAAUUGCUGUAGCUGUAUUAGAAGAAACCACAAGAGAGAGGACCGAUUUAAUUCAGGGUGAUGACACAGCAGAUGCAACUUCAGAAGUUGGAGAAGCAUCUAGCACAUCUGAAGCAACAACAAAAGCAGUGGUUUCUCCUCCAAAGUUUGUAUUUGGUUCAGAGUCCGUUAAAAGUAUUUUUAGUAGUGAAAAAUCAAAACCAUUUGCAUUUGGCAACAGUUCAGCCACUGGGUCUUUGUUUGGAUUUAGUUUUAAUGCACCUUUGAAAAAUAGUAGUGAAAUUAGUUCAGUAGUCAAGAGUGGAUCUGAAAGAAGAGUGGAACCUAAUUGUGAAGAGUCGAAGAAUUCCAAUAGCCAACAAUCUUCAGAUGGCAAAGUCAAAAAUCUUUUUGCUUUUCCAAAGGAAGAGUCCUCAACUAAUUACACAUUCAAAACACCGGAAAAGGCAAAAGAGAAGGAAAAACCUGAAGAUCCUCCCUCAGAUGAUGAAGUUCUCAUUGUAUAUGAGUUAACACCCACCCCUGAGCAAAAAGCUCUUGCAAGCAAACUUAAACUUCCUCCAACUUUCUUCUGCUAUAAGAAUAAUCCGGAUUAUAUUAGUGAAGAAGAAGAGGAUGAUGAAGAUUUCGAAACAGCUGUCAAGAAACUUAAUGGAAAACUAUAUCUGGAUGACUCAGAAAAAUAUAAACCAUUAGAAGAAAAGCUAACAGAUAAUGAAAAAGAAUGUGUUAUUGUUUGGGAAAAGAAACCAACAACUGAAGAGAAGGCAAAAGCAGAUACAUUAAAGCUUCCACCUACAUUUUUUUGUGGAGUCUGCAGUGAUACUGAUGAGGACAAUGGAAAUGGGGAAGACUUUCAGUCAGAAUUUCAAAAAGUUCAGGACUCUCAAAAAUCCCAGAAUGAGGAAAUAACUAACACGACUGACAGUGUGUAUACAGGUGGGACUAAAGUGACUGUACCAUUUUUAUGUAAAUCUGAAGAACCUGAUUUUAUUACCAAAUCUAUUAGUUCACCACCUAUUUCUUCUGGAACUGUGGACAAACCUGUAGAUUUGUCUACUAGGAAGGAAGAUGAUGCAGAUUCUACGAGCCAAGUGGAAAGCAAAACAGUUUCAUUUGGAUUUGGAAGUAGCACAGGACUGUCAUUUGCAGACUUGGCUUGCAGAAAUUCUGGGGAUUUUGCUUUUGGUUCUAAAGAUAAAAAUUUCCAGUGGGCAAAUACUGGAGCAGCUGUGUUUGGAACACAGUCAACCAGUAAAGUUGGUGAAGAUGAAGAUGGUAGUGAUGAAGAAGUAGUUCACAAUGAAGAUAUCCAUUUUGAGCCAAUAGUGUCAUUACCUGAGGUAGAAGUAAAAUCUGGAGAAGAAGAUGAAGAAAUUUUAUUUAAAGAGAGAGCCAAACUCUAUAGAUGGGAUCGAGAGGUCAGUCAGUGGAAGGAGCGUGGUGUAGGAGACAUAAAGAUUCUUUGGCAUACAAUGAAGAAUUACUACCGGAUCCUAAUGAGAAGAGACCAGGUUUUUAAAGUGUGUGCAAACCAUGUUAUCACUAAAACAAUGGAAUUAAAACCCUUGAAUGUUUCAAACAAUGCUUUAGUUUGGACUGCCUCAGAUUAUGCUGAUGGAGAAGCCAAAGUGGAACAGCUUGCAGUGAGGUUUAAAACCAAAGAAAUGGCUGAUUGUUUUAAAAAAAAAUUUGAAGAAUGUCAACAGAAUUUAUUGAAACUCCAGAAAGGACAAGUAUCACUGACAGCAGAGUUAUCGAAGGAGACAAAUCCUGUGGUGUUUUUUGAUGUUUGCGCAGAUGAUGAACCUCUAGGACGUAUAACCAUGGAAUUAUUUUCAAACAUUGUUCCUCUGACUGCCGAGAACUUCAGAGCACUCUGCACUGGAGAGAAAGGCUUUGGCUUCAAGAACUCCAUUUUUCACAGAGUAAUUCAAGAUUUUGUUUGCCAAGGGGGAGAUAUCACCAAACAUGAUGGAACAGGAGGACAGUCUAUCUAUGGAGAUAAAUUUGAAGAUGAAAAUUUUGAUGUGAAACAUACUGGUCCUGGCUUAUUAUCAAUGGCCAAUCGAGGCCGGGAUACCAAUAAUUCUCAGUUUUUUAUAACACUGAAAAAAGCAGAAUGUUUGGACUUUAAGCAUGUAGUAUUUGGGUUUGUUAAGGAUGGCAUGGAUACUGUGAAAAAGAUUGAAUCAUUUGGCUCUCCUAAAGGGUCUGUUAGUCGAAGAAUUAGUAUCACAGAAUGUGGACAGAUAUAAAAUCAUUGUUUUUCAUAGUAAAUUUUACCUUGUAUAAACAGUUGAAUUGAAGCUUAGCUAUUGUGACAAUAUGGUAAUUAUGUUCAGCUUUUGAAAAUGGAUGUUUCCAGUGUAUAAAUGUAAAAUUGCAGCUUAUAGCUGUUGUCACUUUUUAAUGUGUUAUAAUUGACCUUGCAUGGUAUGAAAUAAAAGUUUAAACACUGGUGUAAAUCAGGUGUACUUGUGUUUAUGUACUCCUGACAUAUCUGUAUUAAAAUGGAAUAAUACUAAUCUUGUUAAAAGCAAUAGACCUUCUCAAACUAUUGAAGGAAUAUGAUAUAUGCAAUUUAAUUUUACCUUUUAAGAUAUUGGACUUCCUGCAUGGAUAAACUUACCAUUUGAAUAAAGGGACCACAACUUGGAUAAUUUUUAUUUUACAUUUGAAAUAUAUUUGGUAAUUUUAACUAUUGGUGUGCUCAUUUAUGCAUAGAGACUCACUUAUGAAUGGGUAGAGCCACAGAGGGUAGAGACUUAACCAAAGUGCUCUUCUAUAAUCCUUGCACCUCCUGUAUGGUUAAAUUAACUUUUAAGUAGAGUACCUUUCUUUUCUUAAAAUGAUAUGUAGUUUCCUGUGCCCUUUCAAAGGUAUUAAAUUAAUUUUUACAUUUUAAACAAGUAUUUCCUUAGUUUUGUUUUUGUUUUUGUUUUAACUUUUCUGUCAUCUGUUUCUACUACCUCAAACUGCAGCUUGGUUCUGAUGGAACUUGAAUUUUUCCUUGCAGUUAUUGUGAUAAAGUAUGACUAUUUUAAAAAGGUCUAUACCAUGUUCUUUGGUUAAAGAUUUGCUUUAUACUAGAUUGUUGCAGUACCUUUUUCUGGUGAAUUUUGUAGCAAAAAUAAAGUGACAAUUGUUAACAGCCAUGACAUUUAAAAAUUUAUUA